GUUUAAAAAAGAAAUUAUUGGAAGGGCCGUUCCAUAAACAAUAUUGUUUGGCGGCAAGGCUUCAGUUUCAGAGGGGGAGAAAUGGGUCGGUCCAGAGUUGCGUUGCGCUCCGCUGACGAUGACCCAAACCACAGAUCAAAGAGAAAAAAGGCUGCUCUGAAUGUAGAAAAUUCAGAAACCUUACCUACAGGCCAAGGAGUAACUACUAGCAAGGUAUCUCUCUAUCACUGCAAUUAUUGUAACAAAGAUAUUUCGGGGAAGAUUCGCAUCAAGUGUGUUGUCUGUCAAGAUUUUGACCUCUGCUUAGAGUGCUUCUCUGUUGGUGCUGAGGUGACACCUCACAAAAGCAAUCAUCCAUAUCGGAUUAUGGAUAAUCUAUCUUUUCCACUUAUAUGUACAGAUUGGAAUGCAGAUGAAGAGUUGUUACUUCUAGAGGGCAUUGAAACGUAUGGAUUUGGGAAUUGGAAUGAAGUUGCAGAAUAUGUUGGAACAAAAACCAAAUCUCAAUGUAUUGACCACUAUAAUGCUGUAUAUAUGAAUUCGCCAUGUUUUCCUCUCCCUGAUUUGUCUCAUGUUAUGGGGAAGAACAAAGUGGAACUCUGUGCCAUGGCGAAGGGACAUGAAGCCAAGAAAGAAUUUUCUCUGACUGCAGAGCUUACUCUGAAAGAAGAAGCUUUGUUCACUGAUCGAAUAAACUAUGAAGAAUCAAAGAAUGCAGAAAUCAAUAAUCAAACUAUGUCUAGGUUAACCUCAGCAUGUGGCAAAGCUUACCCAAGUACAAUUAAGAAGGCAUCCAACGUGAUCCAAAAUAAUGGUGGAGUUAAGGUGGAAGUAGAGUCUCGAGCAGAUUGGAGCAUUGGAGAGAAGAAACCUAAAUUAUCAGGCGAAGAUAGGCCUUCUAUGACAGAUUUGAGUGGAUACAGUUUUAAGCGAGAAGAAUUUGAUGUUGAAUAUGACAAUGAUGCAGAACAAGUGUUGGCUGAUAUGGAAUUUAAGGACACUGAUACUAAAGCUGAAUAUGCAAUGAAACUGCACGUGCUCCAUAUCUACUCAAAAAGGUUAGAUGAACGGAAGUGCAGAAAGAAUUUUAUACUUGAAAGAGAUUUACUUUAUCCUCAUACUUUUGAGAAAUCUCUCUUGCCUGAAGAGCUUCAAAUAUGUCAGAAUUACAAGGUCUUCAUGCGGUUUCACUCAAAAGAAGAGCAUCAAGAUUUGCUAAAAAAUAUUAUUGAAGAACACAGGCUUGUCAAAAGAAUACAAGAUUUACAGGGAGCUCGAAUUGCUGGUUGUGUAACUGCUGCUGAUGCUUAUCGAUUUAUGGAACAAAAGAUGACAAAGGAAGCUGAACCAAGUGCUUGUAAAGAAAGCGGUCAGAUUGGAACAAGUGCCAAGACAUUACUGAGGCCAAAUUAUCUCAAAGGAGAAGUUGAUAGUAGCCCACAGGGACUUCAAAAGGGGAUUACAGCUUUAUUUGCUGGUGCCAAGGAUUCGCCUACUUCCAUACAAGCCAUCACAAGGUCGCUAGAAGAGUUGGAUAUUAGUGGAUUUGCAGGGGCUGAAUUACUAUCUGAAUCUGAGAAAAAGCUUUGUAAUGAGAUCAGAAUACUACCCUCACACUAUCUCAACAUGCUGCAGACCGUGUCAUUAGAGUUUUCAAAGGGCAGUGUGACCAAGAAAUCUGAUGCACAUGCACUGUUUAAGGUAGAGCCAAGCAAGGUUGAUAGAGUCUACGAUAUGCUUGUGAAAAAAGGAGUUGCGCAGACAUAAUGAAAUGCUAUGUAAUGAUUACAAGGCCAUUUUUGUACAUUUUUCUUCGUCUCUCCUUUUUCCCAUUAAGAAAUAACUAGAUAAGGACCCAUGCAAUGUGCGGAAAAAUAAAGUGAGUUGAGUUGUGUCUA